AUGGCCUCUCAAAGAGCGGCGGAGCUGAGACGCCUUCUUGCGCGCCCUUACCCAUGGGUCAAAAAGCCCUUCAUCAUCGGCGCCCCGAUGCGCAUAAUGGCCGGCCCACAGCUCGCCGUCGCCGUCUCUGCGGCCGGCGGUUUGGGAUUUAUUGGGCCCCAGGCGAAGCCGGACGGACUGUCGGCGGACCUCGACAAGGCGAGGGAGUUGGUCGCUGCCUCGACUAGUUUGCGCCACCAUCCCCUGUUGCCCAUUGGCGUUGGCUACCAGGUGUGGAACGGCGAUCUGAAGAUUGCAACGUCUGAUGUAGAAAAGCACAGGCCGUGUGCCGUAUGGCUGUUUGCUCCGAGAAACGGCCAGCCGGAGCUGGAUGAGUGGACGGUUUCUCUUCGAGGGGCGUCUCGGGAUACGCAAGUCUGGAUUCAAGUCGGCACACUGCGUGAUGCGAUUGCCGCUGUCAACAGCUCCACGCCUCCGGAUGUUUUGGUCGUUCAAGGCUCGGAAGCAGGCGGUCACGGCAUGGUAAAGGACACCACUGGGACCAUUGUGCUCUUCCCGGAAGUGGCCGACGCAAUAAAGGAGUCCGGAAUCCCCGUCGUCGCAGCAGGGGGAAUCAUCGACGGUCGAGGAGCAGCCGCCGCAUUGGCCCUGGGUGCCGCCGGUGUGGCCAUGGGGACUCGGUUCCUCGCUUCGUCAGAGGCACGCAUCGCAAAGGGGUACCAGGACGAAGUGGUUCGGGCGUCUGACGGCGCGAGAAACACCCUGCGGACGCAGCUGUACAACCAUCUGCGCGGCACGUUUGGCUGGCCCGAGCAGUUCUCACCUCGAACUCUGACCAACCGCAGCUGGAUCGAUCACGAGGCCGGAGUUUCGUUUGAGAAGCUGCAGGUGCUGCAUGACGAGGCGGCCAAGAGUGGCGAUGCCGGCUGGGGUCCGGAGGGGAGACUGGCAACGUAUGUGGGCGCGGGCGUAGGGCUUGUGAAGAGCGUGCAAGGUGCUGGGGAAAUUGUCGAGAGUGUGAGGAACGAGGCGAGAGAUGUUCUGAAGGCUUUGAGCGAUGAUCUUUGA